GUGAAAAGGACAGAUUUGUCUGCUUCUUUCAAAACUAAGAAAUAAUCUGAUGACUUUAGCUUGUCUAUUAAGCAUAUUUUCCAGUUGGUGACUUGUGUAUUUAUUUCGAUUUAGUCAAAUAAUUGUCUAAGUUACUUACUUCCUGUCGAUUAAUGGAGGCGGACAUUUUUGAUAAACUGAAAGUAGUAGAUUUUUGGGCCGGUGAAAGUUUAAGAAAAUGAGUUCUGAAGGCAAGAAACAUGGGAAAAAGCGUCCAAAGUCAUAUUAUAAGAAGUGUGCGAAUGUUAAACGUAAAAGAUUAAAUAUUUUAGAGGGUGGAUUAAAGGGAUUUAUCAUUACUUGUUGUGACAGAGAGAAGGAAGCUACAAGAGAAGCAUAUAGCAUUCUCAAUGACUAUGCUGAUAAGUUAUAUGGACCAGAAAAUUUCAAAACUGAUGCUCCAAAUAAUGGCGGUGAAGAAAAGGAGGACGAGGAUGAGGAUAUUGAAAAGGCCAUGACAAAAGAAGUUGGUGCAAUUAAAGAAACGAAAUCAACAGAAAGACGAUUUCAAAGGCUUGAAAGCAAGACAAAGAAUUGUAUUUUUAUCAAGACUACUCUAGAAAGCCCUACAGAACUCGCUGAGAAAUUAUUUCAAAAUCUAUAUGAUACUAAAACUCAGAGGUCAAGGUAUGUGAUGAGACUUUUUCCCGUUGAAGGAACAUGUAAAGCAGUUCUAGAUGAAAUAAAAAAACUGGGAGGAAAUUUAUUUCAAAAGUACUUUUCAACACCAUAUGGUGAAGGCAUGUCAUUCUCUAUAAUAUUUAAGGCCAGAAAUAAUAAUAAUAUUGGACGUGAUAGUAUCAUACCAGAGUUAAGUCAUCUUGUAACCGAAUUAAAUCCAGCACAUACAGUUGAAUAUGAUAAUCCAGAUUGCUUAAUAUUUGUUCAAGUUUUGUGUACAAUUUGUUGCAUUAGUAUUUUAAAAAAUUUCACAAAAUUUAAGAAGUACAAUCUCCAAGAGAUUGCUAAAAAUGAACAAAAUUGCCCAUCAAAUGAAAUGCAAGCCUCAGAUUUAAAGGCAGAGACAGAAAAUCUGUCCAAGGACCAAAUGCAGACUGAUAGUGUGGAUGUACCUGACAAUAUCAUUACUACUACAAAUGAUAAUCAAACUACAAACGAUAAUGAAAUUACAAAUGAUAAUGAAACUACAAAUGAUAAAUUAAAGUGCAGUGACACAUCUGAAAAGCAGACGAAUAUUACUGAAAAUAAAGAAGAAGUAAAAGAAACAUCAAUGGAAAAAAGUGACGUUAAUGCAAUAGAAUGAAAUAUUUACCUAAUUCUAAUCUAUGUUGCCCCUCAUACAUUGACAUGUAGGCCUACAUUGCAUUGUUUAAUCAAUUGUACAAAGCAUAUGUUUUUAAUUCAAAUAAUUUGUUCUUUUUCUAUUUAAAGAUGGGUUCCCAGAAAAGUAUUUAUCGGAUGGUUAUUUCCAAUAAAAGUAUGGCAAUUUUGGUAUAUAUGGAAAGUAGAGAUAUCCAAUCUUACUAGAAAAAUACUGGAUUCCCCGAAAAACACUCAUGGAGUGUAUACAGGACAAAAAUGUAAGGAUUCCCCUAAUCAACAGCCCGACGAUUAAGAAUUUCUGCACGCAUGAUGUCAAAGGUCACACGCGAACAUUGAUGUACAAGUUGAUAAACGCUAUGAAGAGUUAGACGUACAACACUUUCAGAGAUAAAAAAGACGCGACGCGGGUAGUGAAUAAUCCGAGAAUUUAAUUAGGAUUCGAUAUUUGUAAUAAAUAGUAAGCGAUUAAAGACAACAUCGUCUUAUGUAUGCAAUGAAUUCUCCUCUGACAUCCAAGACGUGACGUAAACAUGACCUGGUUUGAUCGAAUUUUAAUAGCAGGGCAUUCCUUCGCAAUUACAAUGUUUGAGAAGGAUUUGAAGCAUAAUUAUGACAAAUUAAUUAGUUUCAAUAUGUUUUUAGUCCAUAUAUACCAUUAAAUCACCCAGUUUGUACGCGGGAACCCAUCUUUAACAUGUCUGCAAUGAAUAUGAGAGUAUGGGGCACAGGAAGAGGGAAAUAAAUUAUAACAAACUGCAUGGUAAACAAAAUGGGGGAGGUAGGGACUGUUUUUAAGAAUACAUGUAUAAUAUUAUAAUCCAGGCAAUUUAUGGAUGAAUCUUUGGCUAUGUUACUAGUUAGGUUUCUCAUGUAUACAUGUAAUGUCAUGAGAUUGGUUGAAGGGCUAACAUGUGCACAUUAGAUCAUAAAGUCUGUCAUUGAAAAUAGUAGUUUUACAAGAUAAAGUUCUUAUUAUUACCUGAACAUAUGUUACCUUUAACUGAAAAUGCCCUCUUUGAUCAGCUAAAUAGGCUAAUUUUGCCACUGGAUAUAAAGGAGCUAAAUCGUUAAUAUUCGGGACUAAGAGAUUGACAUAAAUGGGUCGCAACGCAUACAAUAAUGUAAUGUGAAUGUAUAUAAACUGAUUUACAUUCAA